AUGGACGAGGUGCAGAAAAAAAUUUCGGAACUGCCGGAAAAGUAUAAUGAUAUCAGACAGGAAAUGGAGACGCGCAAAAAAAUAGUGCACAAAACAAUUGACGAAGAAUUCAACAGAGAACUUGAAAAAUUGUCUGAAAUGGAAGAUAAUCACCAUACAAGAUUGUUGGAUCAUCUGAAAAAUAGCAGGGAACAAAUGCAUCUCUUGAGUGAAACUGUCAAGCGCAAUAAUUUGGUACUUAGGGACGCUACAAAGCUCCAGGAAGCAAAUCCAUUAAAGACUUUUACACCUAUUGAAACCUUUGCAGGAUUUGUAGAAGAUGACGUUCCUUCGUACAUUGUACAAUCAUCAGAUUUAGAUAAAAUGCUCAAGAGCAUUGUUGGUUUUUUACAGGAGGGGGGAUAUGUCGUCUCUCCAGACAAACGGAAUUAUCAGAAAACAUUUGCAUUAAAAUCAAUGAAAACUCCCGAGCAGAUUUCACAGAUUUCUUUAGAAUUUUUUGCUGAAGAUAUCGCCUGUGAGAGAGAUGGAACGGUCUGGGUUUGUGGAAUCGCGUCCAGACAUAUAAAGCAAUACGACCUACUUGGGAGUUCAAAAAACACACUAUCUGUAACAAGUCAGCCCGCUUUCUUGUCCUUGAAUAGAUUAGGACAUUUAUUUUUCACCGAAUUUCGAGACAGUUCUGUGAAAUAUGUCACUCACAAAAUGGCACAAACUUUUAUUAAAACAAAAGGAUGGCAACCCCGGGGAAUUCAGUGCGAUGAAAACGAUAAUGUUCUCGUUUCUGAGUACAGCAAACUCCUGCAACAUUCGAGAAUUGCAAGAUACGAUAGCAACGGUUCCUUGAUAAACAUCAUAGAAUAUGAUGAAGCACAGGUGCCUAUCUUCGAAAAUAUAUGGUUCAUUUGUCAAAAUAAAAACGGUGACAUAGGUGCUAUUCAGAGAGAAAAGGCUACUGUCAUUGUGGUGCGCAAAAAUGGAAGGAUGAGAUUUCAAUACUCUGGGCGCAUUAGAUCGAGUGCCUUUACAGACUUUGAAUUCAGUGGAAUCAGCUCAGACAGUCGAUGUAACUAUGUUAUUUCUGAUCGUUGUAACUAUACCCUUCACGUGAUUGACUGGCAAGGAAAAUUUUUGUUUUAUGUCAUGCCAGGGGACAUCAUUGCCCCGAUAGCGGUUUGUGUUGAUGAAAAAGAUAGAAUUUGGGUUGCAGAGUCACGUCGCACUAUGAAAGUCUUGACUUACAUGGACUGA